UGGGUCGGGAAGGUGCGGGCCGCACUUCCGCCUGGGUGUCAGUGGGUCGCGGGUUGCGGGCCGCGGGCGGGGUCGGGGCGGCUGUGGGGUCGGCGGCGCUGCGGGGACCGCGUUCAGAGUCGGAGCGAGCCUUCAGACCGCCUGCGCCGGUGAGGCAGCCAGGGCUGUCAGAUCUGCGCAGAGCCAGCCCUCCGCGCCCCGUGCGCCCGGCAGGCCAGAAGAGGGCACCAGAUCUCAUUACUGAUGGUUGUGAACCACCAUGUGGUUGCUGGGAAUUGAACUCAGGACCUUUGGAAGAGCAAGCAGCGCUCUUAACCUCUGAGCCAUCUCUCCAGCCCCUUGAAGAAUUUCCAGUAUUCACACAACUUCUACGUAAAUAUAGCUCAGAUAUGAUCCAGUAGGAAGACCAAACCCCAGAACAGUGAUAGCCUGGUCACUAAAGGAUGAACGGGGAGGAAGAAUUCUUUGAUGCCGUCACAGGCUUUGAUUCUGAUAACUCUACAGGGGACUUUUCAGAGGCAAAUAAAAUCAGUGGGAUGAUUGAUUUGGACACCAGCAAAAGUACUAGGAGUGGGAAAAGUGGGGAGAGACCACCACAAGAGAAUGGAAUUCAAAAACACAGGACAGCCCUUCCUGCCCCCAUGUUCACCAGAAGCGAUUUCAGCGUGUGGAGUAUCCUGAAAAAAUGCAUUGGUUUGGAGCUAUCCAAGAUCACAAUGCCAAUUGCCUUCAAUGAGCCACUGAGCUUCCUGCAACGGAUCACGGAGUACAUGGAGCACGUGUACCUCAUUCACAAAGCCUCGAAUCAGCCCCAGACCCUGGAGAGGAUGCAGUCUGUAGCUGCCUUUGCGGUCUCAGCUGUGGCUUCCCAGUGGGAGAGAACUGGCAAACCCUUCAACCCGCUCUUGGGGGAGACAUAUGAGUUGAUCAGGGAAGACUUAGGAUUCAGAUUUAUAUCUGAACAGGUCAGUCACCACCCUCCUAUUAGUGCAUUUUAUUCAGAAGGUCUCAACCAAGACUUCAUGUUCCACGGUUCCAUUUAUCCAAAGCUGAAGUUUUGGGGCAAGAGUGUCGAGGCAGAGCCCCGGGGGACCAUCACACUGGAGCUUCUCAAACAUAAUGAAGCCUACACGUGGACCAACCCCACCUGCUGUGUGCAUAAUGUUAUCCUUGGGCAGCUGUGGAUCGAACAGUAUGGGAUAGUGGAGAUCCUGAAUCACAGAACUGGAGAUAAGUGUAUACUUCACUUCAAGCCAUGUGGACUGUUUGGAAAGGAACUUCACAGAGUAGAAGGGUACAUUCAAGACAAAAACAGGAAGAAGCUCUUUAUAAUUUAUGGCAAGUGGACAGAAUGCUUGUGGGGCAUCGAUCCUGUUUCAUAUGAGUCCUUUAAGAAGCAUGAAAGGAGAAGUGACCACCCCAGGAAGGCCAAGAUGGAUGACGGCCCUGAGAAAGCUAACAGUGAUAUACCUGACGAUAUGACGGACGAUGUUCCUGUGGCUCAGGAGACUGUGCAAGUCAUCCCUGGCAGUAAGCUUCUCUGGAGAAUCAACAGCCGGCCCCCCAACUCAGCUCAGAUGUACAACUUCACCAGCUUCACUGUGAGUCUCAAUGAGUUAGAGUCAGGCAUGGAGAAGACCCUGCCACGCACAGACUGCCGCCUCCGCCCUGACAUCCGAGGCAUGGAGAAUGGCAACAUGGAUCUGGCCAGCCAGGAGAAGGAGCGACUAGAGGAAAAGCAGAGAGAGGCCCGAAAAGAACGUGCCAAAGAGGAAGCAGAGUGGCGGACCAGGUGGUUCUAUCCAGGCGAUAACCCCUACACAGGGACUCCUGACUGGUUGUAUGCAGGGGAUUACUUUGAGCGUAAUUUCUCAGACUGCCCAGACAUCUACUAAGUAAGGCCUGGGAGCCCAGGAGGAGGCCUGGGAGCUUGGACUCCUUGAGUGGUACUCUGAACUUCACAGUGGCAGACACCAGCUUCUCCAGCCAUGAUCGUGGAGAUGGCCUCGGACCUGAUGGAGGACUUCUGCCCAGCACUCUACUAUGUCACAGCCCCUUCAUGAAGCUCCACUUGGGUCUUCACAUUCACUGAGGCCUCAGAAGUCCCCAGUCCUUUUCACACCUGACAGAAGUGCACAAGGCCAGCUGAGCUGGCAGCACACUGUUAGAAAUGUAACAAGGAAGACCCAGCAGGGCCUCUGUGCUCCUCAAGGCUGUGGGGUGGGUUUCUGGAAGAGUUUCAACCAGACCCAAAGAAGGAGAGAAAUAUGGACCUUGAAAGUAACCUGUAGGCCAGGGUCCACUUCCUUGUGGAGGGCACCCAUGGAAUGAAGUGACAAGUUGCCAGAUUCUGUAUUUUCUACCAGUCUGAAUAAGGUAAAGAUUACUGUAGAAAAUAUUUAAAUUGAAACUACUUGAAUGUUCUGCUGAAGAGUAGCAAACACAUUAAUCACCACUGUGUACUGUCCAAAAAGUGUCCCUGUGACAAGCCAGAGUGGCAGGAACACUGUGACUUGGAUGAGAAAUCCCCAGGGCUGCUCCCAGCCUACCAGGAGGCCCUGCCUCUGGCCACAGCACUCCCACAGCUUCACUGUCACUGUGGACCACUCCGUCUUUGAGGGGUCAUUUCUUCACUCCCCUCGCCUGUGUACUCCCUCCCUGCCCCCUGCAGUCUUGUGUUUGGUUUCCCCGGCAUGCAUGUUCCAGUCCAGGCAAGCCCCAUCCAGCUGUGUGCAGUGGGAGAGGUCAGAAGCAGGAUCUACUUACCUGGUGUCACUAAGAUUGUUUAAACACAAGUAGGUGUGUCCAUCUCUGCAUUCCUGACAAGUGAUGGACUUUAUGUAGAAAUGGUGACACCAGGGAUCACAGUGGAGCUCUUUGCAUCAAAGACAAUCUGCUGUGUGCACAUACCUGUGCUCUGGAACACAUGCACACAUGUGUAUUCAUAUAGAGUGUGAGUCACUACAUCAGACACUUCUGAAUGAGAAGGCAUUCUUACUGUGUCCAGGCUUCCAAACCGCCUCUGUCAUUAAAACACUUUGAAAAAUCAA